CGCGCCCAGCGCGCGCGAUGCUGCCGCUGCUGCUGCCACUGCUGCUGGCCCAACCCGGGCUGGCGGCCUCCGCCGCGUCCCUGGCGCCGCCGCUUUUCAACGUGAGCCUGGACGAGGCCCCCGGGGUGCGCUGGCUGCCGGUGCUGCGGAACUACGAUCCGGACUUCUUGCGCACCGCGGUGGUACAAGUCAUCGGCGAUAGGGUUCCGGACUGGGUCCUGCGGUUGAUCGGGAAAAGGAUCGGGGAGCUGGAGCGCUUCCUGCCGCAGCCCUACGGCGACGAGAUCCGCGGCAUGUGCAACUUCCUGAACCUCAGCCUGGCCGACGGCCUCCUGAUCAACCUGGCCUACGAGUCGUCCGCGUGAGUGGCCGGCCGGCCGCGCCUGUCCCCGGGCGUGACGUGGGAGGAGGCGGCCGCGGGAGGUGGAAAACACGCGCCCCGGGGCCACCGAAUCCCGGAGUCCCGGAGACAUGACAGUCUUUGUCACAGCCUGGUGACCUGCCAGGGAUUG